UGCACUAAACACGUUCACGUCCUCUUUUUACGACACUUUACGACACGGUGUACAUCGAUUGCCUCUGCUCUCAAAAACCCUUCACGCUCAACUAUCAGUGAGUAAAAAACAUGUUUAACAAAAAACCCAAAAGAAAUUUUCGACAGAGAAAAGGAGACUCUAGUGAAGAGGAGGAAACGACGGUCGCCAGCGCGGGUGUAGACGGCUCGGAGAAGGCAACAGUUGUAUCAAAUAAGCCGCAUAAAGGUGCCCAAUUCCGUGGAAUCUCUUGCAGUUCAAAGCGGGAAGCGAGCAGUACGUCAAAGGUGGAUGAUGGUGACGGGGAAGAUGUGCACACAUCUGAACUGACAUCAGAGAAAGAUGAACAGGGGAAAGACAAAGAAGGCAUAAAGAAGAAAACAAGCACCGUGCUCAGUUUCUCCGACGACAAAGAAUCCCUAGAACCUGAGUUCAGAUUAAAGAAGUCCUGUGAUAAAGCUGUGCUGUUCCAAGUGAGAAAAAGGGAAGCCCCACCUGCCAGGACCAUCCACAACACUGAACCAGAAGAAUCUGCUUCUCAGAGGCAAGAAUAUGGCAGCCAAGCAUCAACGCAGAGUUCUCACCAGAGUGACACUAGUAAUGAUUGCUCUGAGGAGAUCGAAAAUGAAGAUGAUGAUGACGACGGGGCUGCCAGUUCCUCCUCAUCUAGUUCAAAAUACACCUUAACUGCUGAUAAACCAGUUGUCAUCCCCAACGCCAGGCAAAUCGAAGCAGCCAAGAGGCAGCGGCGCACCAAUCGAGCCCAGAAAGAGUUCAUCUCCCUUUGCAAAGAUGGGCGGAGCUCCGGUGGUAGCACACCAGAGCACUACCAUAAGGAGGAGGCUGAAGAGGACGAUGACGAAAGGGUUACUCAUGAUGAUGAUGAUGAUGAGGCAGAUGAUCAUGAGAAAAGAAUUGAGUUUGCCCCACGAUUAAAAAGUGUCAAGGAGAGGAUUGCAGAGAAACUUGACGUUUGUAUAUCAGGUGGAAGUAAUGGCAGUCUGUCAGGGACUGACGAAGAGGAGCAGGAGCUUUGGGAGGAAACACAAAUUGGCAAGGGAGUUAAGACACGGCCAGGAGGACUGAGCCCAUCUGGCAGUGAGUCCAGCAGCAGUAGCUUCCAGUGCGGUGCACGAAAAAGACAAAAGAAGUUAUCAAUGGGCAUCAAGAAGUUUCCAGAGACACUUUCCUCCAUUACUGUUUCAAUGGUUAAGAGGAGGAUCACUGGAAAACUGGACUCCCUAAAGGAGGUACACAGAGCGCGACAAGCUGAUCUGACUAAGAUGGAGGGAGACGUUGACAGUGCUAAAAACUCUCUGGAGAGCUUAGAGGAAAGCUCUUCCGAAAAACAGUUGAAGUUUUACAGAGACAUGACCCUCUUCACUCACAAUUUGGUAGAGUGUCUGCGAGAGAAGGUGAUUGAAAUCAACUCUGUGGAACUGGAGUUGCACACUCUACUUUCUAGCCAGAUGGAGGCGCUGUGUGCUCAGAGACGACAGAAGAUACAGGAGCAGGCACACUUCUUGCAGCAGCUCAGCAAAAAUGGCGAUGAGCUGGGAGACACCACCAAUGGAGCUGAAACUCAGGGUGUGUCAGGUAGUGGUGGUAAAGCUGAGGAAGAUUGUGAUAUACCUGAAGACACACAGCCUUUGACGGAGGAGGAAGAGCAUCUAGAAAAGCAGACAGCUGACAUCCUGCAGAGGUCCCAGGCGGUGUUCUCUGACGUUCAUGACGACUUUCACGACGUUAAAAGGAUCUUGUCUUGGUUUGAAGAAUGGCGAGGCUUCUAUUCAGAGUCUUACCACAGUGCUUACAUCUCUCUGUGUUUACCCAAGCUGCUAAACCCCAUCAUAAGACAUCAGCUGCUUGUUUGGAACCCCCUAAAGGAUCCUAGCACUGACUUUGAGAACCUCCCAUGGUUCACAGCAGUGGAGACGUUUUGUCAUGGCCAUGGCCACGAGGAGUUAGAACACUCAGACAGAGAAAUGCUGUGUAAUGUCAUAGAAAGGACUAUCCUCCCCAAAAUAACAACCUUUAUAGAGCUGAUAUGGGACCCCAUGUCUCUUCGUCAGUCAGCAUGUCUAACUGAGCUUUGUCACCGACUGAGGGAGGACUAUUCUGUCUUCGAAGGAGAAAAGAGUAAACCAGUUAAGACACUCACAGAGGCUGUGAUUGGGCGUCUGCGGAGCUGUGUAGAUGAGGACGUGUUCAUUCCGUUUUACCCCAAAAAGCUCCUAGAUGACCAUUUAUCUCCACAGAGACGCUUCAGAAACCAACAGUUCUGGAUGGCCAUUAAGCUGCUAGGAAACACGGGGAAAUGGGAUAUGCUGUUGCCCGAGUCUACACUGAAGGAGCUCAUGUUGGACAAAUUGCUGUGUCGAUACUUAACGAUCACCCUGUGCAGUCAGACGCCGUCUGAUAACAAUCUUCAGGCUUGCAAAAGGAUCGCUGACAGCCUGCCGCUCAGUUGGUUCAGAGGAGAGAAUCAAUGUUUGCCUCAGCUGCAGUCUUUCCGAAACCACCUCGUUCAGAAGGCUCACAACAUUUGCAAACAACAGCCUGCUGAUGAUCCAAAUGCAAGGCUCGAUGUGGUCGAAGUGCUGAAAAUUUUAAGUGCUAUCCGAUGCCACGACUCGAUCAUGGCCAUAACAAAAAAAUACCACUAUGAGGAUGUCAUCUAUUCUCAUCAGCUGCUUAAUCAUGAGACUGAAUAGACAACCAGCAGGUCACAAGUUGGAUUAAAUAAAUGUUAGAGCACUCUUUUACCAUUUAAAAAAAAAAAACAAAGUUGGCAAAUAUGAGUGGGAGUACUCAAUGGUGAUGUGGGUGUCUUAAGCAUUUUGUGUCUGUAUUGGA